CCGCCAUCGCCAGUCUCUUUUUACCAAAACAGAUUCCUCGGGUGGCGGAAAAGCUCGCCGCCUCCGCACCGCUCCGGCGGCGAUCUCCGGCGCCGCCCGCUGCCGCCCCGCACCGCCCCGACCCGCCCCGACCUCGCUUCCCCUCUCGCCUCGGUACGCUGUCGGUCGCGCCUCCGCAAAUGCGUAAGGCCAUGUCUUCCUCUUCGCUUCUUCCUCCGUUCCGAUCGAACUCGUUCGCGAGUUGAAGCUCUUCGGGAAGCGUCGCCGCCGCCCCCGCCCCCGCCGCCGGAAUCGGCGGUGCUCGAGAGGUCGCUCACCGGUCCGUCUGUUUUCUCCUUCUCUUCUUCAUUUUCAGCUCCGUUUCGCGCCUUUUCGCAGUAGCAGCUGGAGCUGGCUAGGGUUUGGCGCGCGCUGCCGGCAUGGAGGAGGCUGUCAAAUGCAGGCGCCAGAAGCUGGUCCUCUCGAGAGGCUCGGCGGUGGAAGUCGCGCGCGCCGACGGCGGCGGCUCGGGAGGCGCGUGGUACGCGGCCAAGAUUGUGGAUGUGGAGACGCCGCGGAAGCAGUCUGGAAAGUCGACUAGGAUUCGGAAGGUUUUGGUGGAGUAUGAGCAGUUGGUGAGCGAAGGCGAGCCUAAGCCUUUGGUUGAAUCGGUGGAGACUCGGUAUGUGAGGCCUCUUCCUCCGUCACGGGAGGGCGAGCAGCGCGGCUUCGAGUUGGAUGACUCGGUCGAGGCGAAGUGGAGAAAUGGAUGGCGGCAUGGGAUUGUGAAGAUGGUUAUGGAGGGCUCGCGGUAUUGCGUUUGUAUUGAUGGUGAAGGAGAGGAUGCUGUGUAUGAGGGCAGCGAUUUGCGGGAGCAUUGGAGCUGGAUCAGAGGGAGAUGGUAUCCCGCCAGGAAGAAGAAGGAGCAGGAGCAGGAAGCUCCUUUGACUGUAGACAAUCUAGGGCCAUCAGAAGAACCACGUGAUAUUAAGAAUAUGCCUAAGGUUGGAACAGAACUUGAAGUUCCAGAUGUUUUGGAGGAAACAGUGAAGAUGCAGCCAGUUUCACGGACUUCGAAGACUCCCUAUGCCUUGCGACCAGCUAAAAAGAAGCGUGGAGCCUUGAUUGGAAAUGCAGCAAGUCGACGACUUCUGAAGAAACUAAGUGAAGGCACUGCAACGGUGCCAUCAGUUGCAGCAGAUCAGGCAAGAGAGCUGCUUAUGGAAGCAUCAAGAGUGCUAAAUGGUACAGCCAAGUCUAAAAAAGGGAUCUCUGGUAUUGGAAGGUUAAAGAAAGCCAUAAUUGUUGAUGAUUCUGUUAAAAGUGUUGCUGGAAUGGAAAAUGAGAAACAGAAGGCAGUUGAAUUCAAUGACACUGUAAAGUAUGCUAUUCGAAGAGGGGGAAAAUUUGCCAUCUCUAAGGCUAAAUACAUCAACACCCAUAAACCAGGUAAGGGGGACAAUGCUGGAAGUUCCAUCAAGAGAGUUGUUCAAACGUUAAUGCAAGAAGACGGUUUUCCAAAAUUGAGUUGCGUCUUAGGGUUGCAAGCUGAAAGGAGAAGUUUGAUGUUUGCAGAUACGGAUCAGCUUCUUAACAAAGAGUUGGGUAAAAAUGAGCAGAAUUGCGAGGGAAAGAGUCACAAAAGGAAGAGAAGAAAGCCACAGAAGUUGGUGGUCGUGAGACCUGAGGUUCCAGAGACAGGCUUGGAGCACAACGUAACCAGUGCUGUGGUUGGUGAACCAAUUUCAAAGGAUUAUGCUACCUGGAGAGUUCAACCACCUUCAAGGUUGGAAGCAUAUCAUUCAGGUGGUCCAGAUGCGUACAGAAGGGUGGGAGCCAAUGAUUCUGGGAAUUUCGAGAAAAAGAAUGAGUUAUGCAAUGCUGAGACAUCUAACACGAAUGAAGAUCAACCUCUAUCAACAUGUUCUGAAGGAAUACGCACACCGAUGGCCAUUGAGGGAUCAAGUGAGAGCGUGUCUGGCGAGAGUAGAUGCUUAUUCGCGAAAACCUCGCCUGUUUGGAAGAUGAUUGAAUCAAUGGAAAUUUUCCAAACGACACCGCAAAAUCCACAUUUCAGUCCUCUUCGGGUGUGUAAAGAAGGAUAUCGUGAAGGAGCAGCUAUUGGCAUCAUGGCAACUUUUGCAUCUUUGACCGAAAAAAUAUCCAACCUGCUAUUUGAUGACCCGAGAUGCCAUUUUGAUAGCUGCUUGGAGACUCUUUGUGACAUGGAAAAGCAUGGAUUUGAGGUUACAGCUCUGCGGAGUCACUUGAAUGAGUUGCUAGCAAUUAAAGAGAAGCAGGAACUGCUUCAGGAUGGGUUAAAGGAUGCCGAACUUGAAAUUGCUGACAAGGAACGCAAAGGGAGAGAAAUUAGUGAAGAGAUGGAAAAAAUUGAUAAGAAGAUGACCGAGUUACGAGCAAAAUAUGCAGUGCUGAAGUCAGAAAAGGAAAAAAAAGAUGUUGAGAUUGCCAGGUUGAGGAUGAGCUUGAAAGGCAACGAUGAACAAAUUUCACGUGUGCGGCUUGAGUUUGAAAAAUUGGCUGCUCUUCUCCCUUGGAAAUCAAAGUGAUCAUCCAGAUAUUGAGGUUUGUUGCCUUGGGUCUCCUAACUGUUCGUUCAUGGUAGAGUUUUGCAUUAUUUGCUUGGAACAUUUGCCUACUUGAACUUCAUAGUUCUACUUGGAAUAGUUGAGAAUGCAUUUAUAUUCUUCUCUCUAUCCGGUAGAUUAGGACCCUUCUUGUCACCUCUUCCUAUCAACUUAGUCUAGUCUCCUUUAAGAUUGGAAUUAUUUAUAUAUGGUGUAUGCCAUCGAAAUGCAAAUGUUUCAUGUGGCCUGAUUGGUCUUUCACCAGA